AUGGCAUUGGGUCGUUAUUCUGCUCUGUUGUUUAUGGUACCGCGAAUAUUCGCGCUACCUAUUUUUAAAAGAUCCGUUUUAUCAGUGCUCCAAAAGGAGGCACCUCCAGCUGAAGAUGAAGCAACAUUUACCACCUUUCUUGUUAUCUCCAUGAUAUUGGUUCUUCUGGGUGGUAUCUUUGCUGGUUUAACUCUUGGUCUUAUGGGUCAAGAUGAGGUUUAUUUGAAAGUCAUGCAAACAAGUGGUACUGCAUCGGAAAAAUAUCAUGCCAAUAGGGUUCUCAGCUUGUUGAACAGGGGUAAACAUUGGGUGUUAGUGACAUUACUCUUGUCCAACGUCAUCACCAAUGAAACUUUACCUAUUGUCUUGGAUAGAUGUCUUGGCGGCGGAUGGCAAGCCGUUGUGAUGAGUACUGUUCUGAUUGUCAUUUUUGGUGAAAUUAUCCCACAAUCUGUCUGUGUACGUUUUGGUUUGCAAGUAGGGUCCUUGUUUUCGCCAUUUGUUUUGUUCCUCAUGUAUGCAAUGUACCCUAUCGCUUACCCUAUCGCUUUGUUAUUAGAUUGGUUACUUGGUGAAGACCACGGUACCAUCUAUAAGAAAUCUGGUUUGAAGACCUUGGUGCAUUUACACAGAACCAUGGGGAUGGAAAGGUUGACCCUAGAUGAAGUUACCAUCAUAUCAGCUGUGUUAGAUUUGAAAGAGAAAAAAGUUUCUGAAAUUAUGACCCCAAUUGAUGCUGUUUUCACUUUAUCCGCAGAUAAGAUCUUGGAUGAAAAAACAGUAGAAGAUAUUUUCAACUCUGGGUUCUCUAGAAUUCCUAUUUAUCUACCAGGUCAACCUACCAAUUACAUUGGGAUGCUUUUAGUCCGUGUGUUGAUUUCAUACGAUCCCGACGAUUGCCUACCUGUAUCCCAUUUCCCUCUGGCUACAUUGCCUGAAACAGCUCCACAAACGUCUUGUCUAAAUAUUCUAAAUUACUUCCAAGAGGGAAAAUCUCAUAUGUGCGUAGUGUCUAGGGAUCCAGGUUCUAGUUCUGGUGCCAUUGGACUUGUCACUUUGGAAGAUGUCAUUGAAGAAUUGAUUGGUGAAGAAAUCGUGGAUGAAUCUGACGUUUUCGUCGAUAUCCAUCAACGGAUCAUGAGAGAUCAACCAGGACCACUAUCAAAGAGGCACAUCACUUCCUAUUUGCAUUCAUUGUACACUAGAAAACCAUCAGAAACUCAACCGCUUGUGAAUGAAAAUGCGGAAAGCAGUGAGGCGUCCGGCAAAAAUGAAACCACAAACUACCUGUCAGUAGGCGCAACGAAUUUUCAGCCCGCAAACCCAGCCGCGAACCCUUUAGAUAUAAAGAAACCUUUCGUGACCAUAAAAAGGCAAAGUUAUGGCGGGAUGUCCAGGACUCCUCCACGGCUUUCUUCUGAGCCAAUUUCUCCUGCAACAAGUGUGAUUGAAACAACCUCCCCUAUAAGACGUGAACCUGACGCCAUUUCACCCGUGGGAAGCGCUCCUACAACCGAUGAAAAAAGGAAGUAUGUAUCCCAUCAUAACCAUCGUCAUAGAUCUAAUUCAAGCAGACGAAGCAAUAGCGCUAUGGUGCAACAACAACAACCACGUCCGACCUCGAACAAAUCCAAUGACAAGCUGAUAACGACUAUUCCAGCUCAAAACGACAAAGACCAUCAAACCGUGAUUUCUUCAAGUUAUAAGUCCACUAGAAACGGGAUCGUCGAAUCGAUAAUUACAGUCAAAGGUGUUUCUAAGACAAUCAUAGAACCUGCGUCGGAUUGGGAUGACUCCAAAAAGGUAACCAUCAACGAAACAGAGAACAUUGCAGAAGAACACAAUGAAUCAUCAAGUAUAGACUCGAAUACUACGAACACUCACGCUCAUCCGCGAUCCCCUUCGUCAAGACGUGGAUCCAGAUUCAGUCUUUGGUCAAGCAAAUCUUCACAAAAUGACCAAGAUUCAAACGCUAAACAGCUGUCAAAAUCUCAAGAAAGCUUCAACCUCGAAUCCAGAUCCAAAGAUUAA